AUUGGCCGGCUCUGCCGUGAGAGGCCCCGUGAGGCGGCCCUCGCGGAACCGCGGCGGCGGUUCAGGCGUCUGUCGGAGUCGGCCCGAGGCAAGCGUUGACUCUCAGCGACAUGACGCCUGAGGACGGGGAGACCCGGCCGCUGCUGGGGCCUCGGGGCGGCAGCGCUCCCGGCAGCCGCCGCGUCUUCCUCGCCGCCUUCGCCGCUGCCCUGGGCCCGCUCAGCUUCGGCUUCGCGCUCGGCUACAGUUCCCCGGCCAUCCCGAGUCUGCAGCGCGCCGGGCCCCCCGCCCCGCGGCUGGAUGAGCAGGAGGCUUCCUGGUUCGGGGCCAUCGUGACCCUGGGCGCCGCCGCCGGGGGCGUCCUGGGCGGGGCGCUGGUGGACCGCGCGGGGCGCAAGCUGAGCCUCCUGCUGUGCGCCGUGCCCUUCGUGCUGGGCUUUGCCUUCAUCACCGCGGCCCAGGACGUGUGGAUGCUGCUGGGCGGCCGCCUCCUCACGGGUCUGGCUUGCGGAGUGGCCUCGCUGGUGGCCCCGGUGUACAUCUCGGAAAUUGCCUACCCAGCAGUGCGCGGGCUCCUGGGCUCCUGUGUGCAGCUGAUGGUCGUCACGGGCAUCCUCCUGGCGUACCUGGCAGGCUGGGUGCUGGAGUGGCGCUGGCUGGCGGUACUGGGCUGUGUGCCCCCCUCCUUCAUGCUCCUGCUCAUGUGCUGCAUGCCCGAGUCACCCCGCUUCCUGCUGGCCCGGCACAGACGCCAGGAGGCCAUGGCCUCCCUGCAGUUCCUGUGGGGCUCCGAGCAGGGCUGCGAAGAGCCCCCCGUCGAGGCCGAGACCCAGGCCUUCCGGCUGGCCCAGCUGCAACAGCCCAGCAUCUACAAGCCGUUCGUCAUUGGCGUCUCGCUCAUGGCCUUCCAGCAGCUGUCGGGCGUCAAUGCCAUCAUGUUUUAUGCAGAGACCAUUUUUGAGGAGGCCAAGUUCCAGGACGGCAGCCUGGCCUCCGUCGUCUUGGGGAUCGUCCAGGUGCUGUUCACAGCGUUGGCAGCCCUCGUCAUGGACCGAGCUGGCCGGAGGCUGCUCCUGACCGUGUCAGGUGUGGUCAUGGUGUUCAGCACCAGUGCCUUCGGGGCCUACUUCAAGCUGGCCCAAGGGGGUCCCAGCAACUCCUCCCACAUGGAGCUCCUGGCGCCCAUCUCCGCGGAACCUGUCGACACCAGCGUGGGGCUGGCCUGGUUGGCCGUGGGCAGCAUGUGCCUCUUUGUCGCUGGCUUCGCAGUGGGCUGGGGACCCAUCCCCUGGCUGCUCAUGUCUGAGAUCUUCCCCCUGCACGUGAAGGGCCUGGCCACGGGUGUCUGUGUCCUCACCAACUGGCUGAUGGCCUUCGUGGUGACAAAGGAGUUCAGCAGCCUCAUGGAGGCCCUCAGGCCCUACGGAGCUUUCUGGCUCGCCUCAGCCUUCUGCAUCUGCGGCGUCCUCUUCACUUUGUUCUGUGUCCCUGAGACCAAAGGCAAGACUUUGGAACAAAUCACAGCCCAUUUUGAAGGGCAGUACCAGCGGCCACCGCUCCAGGCUACCCCAACUGCAGGGAGGAGAUGGAGCCAACCUAGUUCUCUGGGCUGAGCCCCAAGCCCCAGAGGAGCUGGAAUCCAGGACCACACCCCCCGGGAGCCCUGCCUGCUGUCGACAG